CGUUCCAAAAAUUCGAUGACACCAGUCCCGUUAUAAUUUUCAUCACGUUUCCCGAACACAUAUCUUACAUACUUCUACAUCGAAUCUUAUCGCAACAGCUGCACAGUUCACUCGUUCGAUUGCCACUCUGCCACAACGCAAAGUUCUACAUUGCAGUACAUUGCAUCACCCAACCGAAACUAACACAAUGAAAUACUUUUUGGUGCCAGCAGUUGUGUGCCUGGUCCUGCUGCCGAAGGGUGUCUCUUCCUUCUCGCCGCCGGCGUCCAGGGCCACCUCCCGCUUGCCUCCUCCAGCUGUCGCGACCUCUGCGGCGACAACUACCAGUACUCGGCUCUUUGGCUACAACCCCAUCGAAGACGAAACCCCGGAGGAACGCGCGGCCCGGAUGGAACUGGUCCGGAAGCUCCAGCAAACCUUUUACAAGGAAGGGAUCGACGAUGACGACCACCAGGAACACACCGAAGAAACACAAACAGGCACCGGGGACGCAGACACAAGAGUCGAGCUAGAGGCCGAAGCUGCAGCGACGACGACACCGUCGACCACCGUUCUGAGGGAUUUACCGCUGUGGCGGGUGCAGUGGAGAGAACUCCCCGGCUCGCAAAACGUUCUGAACGUCCACGUGCCACACUACACCAACAUGUUUCAGAAGAUACUCAAGGGACGGACCAAGCCGUGGGGGGGCUUUGGUCGCAACGCCACGACCGGCGAUUCCGAGUCCGGCGGCGCCAGCACCAUGGACGGCGACCACUACUUUGGCCACGUCUUUCUGGACAAGGGCAGCGAAAACCUCGACAAUCCCGACCACGCCCUGCAGGUAGGGGACGAGGGGGUCCUCAUGAGAAUUUCCGACGCCCGGCAGAUCAUGGACGACGGCCGCCUGACGCUCCUGGUCCAGGCCCUCGAAAAAUUCCGGAUCACGAGGGUGGUCCGGUCGCACUCCCCCUACGCCGUCGCGGACGUCGAGCUCGUCGUCGACGAGGAGCAGGUUGCCUCGGCCGCCGGAUCGGAAGCCUCUCCCGGGCACGAGGCGGCGGCCCGGGCCCUGGCGUGGCACCCCUUUGAGGUCCGCAGGGUCGCCAUGGACGAGUGCGAGCUCGCCAGGGACGCCUCGGGAAGGAUGGGGCUCUCCGUCUCGCCCCUUUCCAACUACGACGCCGGGCAAGCCGGCGGUUGCGCCGGGAGCAACAACCCCCCAGGAGAGGACGCGGACCUCGUGGCGAUCGCGGAGCGAGACGCCUGGCUCAAGCUGGACGAGCUCCUCCGCCUCCUGGGCGUUGCCGCGCGGGGGGAGGUCGGCCUCCCCGUCCCGACCCAGAUCCUGGGGCUCCUCCCCAAGACCAGUUGCGCGCUCGCGCCCGUGGCGGAGCGGGAGGCCGGCAAGAGCGAGACCAACCCGAUCGCGAUCGCCCUGGAGCCAAGGCCCUGGCCCGGGGGCUUUUCCCUGGUGGGUACCGCCGACCGGAUGGAGGCGGCGGAGACCGCCACCGUUGGGACGCACUCGGAGAGCCCCUUUGUCCGCAUCGACGCCGCCAGUUACCGCUCGUACCCGCCCCUCCGUCGCGCCCAGCGAUUCUCCUACGCCGUCUGGACCCUCAUCGACUCGGUCGACCUGGACAGCGCCGGCGGCGACGGCGGCGAGGACCCCUACGGCCGCGCGCGCAUCCUGGAGAUCGGCAGCACGAGGGAGCGGCUGGCCCUGGCGACCGAGAAGAUGGACCGGAUCUGUGCGCUCCUGCAACGGAUCAUCCGCAUGCACGACGGGCGCGGAAGCGGCGUGCGGGGCUAGGCACUGUUUUGUUGGACCACCGCCCCCGACGAUGUGCGGGUGGUCGCUCGACCGGCCGCCUUGUUUCGAAUCAAACCCACGAUGCGUGCUUUCGGCACAAAAUUUUUUUGCCAUUCGAACAACCGCUGCGCUACGGCACGGCAUGGAUGGACGAUGCCCAACUCCACAAUACACAUAUAUACGUACCCAUACGAUAAACCAUUGCGACCACACAAUACACGCAAUUCCACAUGCACACGAAGUGUCAUCCCGCCACACCGGCAUCUGCUGCAAUUCAACAGAAAUGCUACCUUUUACAUUUUUUGGGCUCUUAUGGGGCCCCGCUGUUCGGUGUGGAAGGAUAAAAACGCGUCAACUUAAGAUAAGGUCGCUCUGCUUUUUGAAUUCCUUUAAUGAAAAGUAAAAUGGUCUCUUGCUG